UGAUGCUCAAGAAUAAUCCAGAAGUGCCCACUUGCUUACAUCUCCACUCAGUAGCCUCUGUAAGCGGUGAACGGCCGUGUGCUGAGGUUUAGGGGAUCUCUACUGGAAGUUAGAGAUCUCACUUCUGGACCCGGCUCUGACUUACGCUCCUACUAUGGGCUUAGACAGGGAGCUGCACGGACUUGUUGGCCCUAAGCUCUAGUUCAGCUCUACCUAGAUCUACGCAAAGGAGUCGAGCACAGGAAAUGGGAACUGCAUGGAAACAUCCAAAUGAAUGAAACCACUUUUCCCUCAUCUCCCUGAAGAGGGCUGGUGGGGGGCUGUGAGCAGGGGACACACUGUGAAGGGACGACCUGUGGGCGCUGACUGGCCAAACCCCGAAGAGCCUGGUGAAGGAUCCUUGCACGCACAGAGAGAGGCAUGGAGCAAUGGAACUGCCCAAAUUAAUAGACUUAUAAAAUGAGAAUCCCUGCAGUGGCCAUGAUGAAACAAAGACCAGAAAUAUUUCCUUGAAUAUUUACAUAAGCAUGUGGUGUCUUGAGAAAUUCUAGGAAGGGGGCAAGUCCUUCCAAUAUGUGACAGAUUUUUCUUGCCACUUUUUAAAAUGGGGAUACCAAACUGACUUAAUUCGAUUUAGAAAAAAGUUUAGAAAAAUAAGGUAAGUUUUUUCUCUCUGUACCAGAGUUAUGGAGGAAAAUUCACACCAGCCAUGCAGGAUUUUAUCUAGGUGUUUCAGCCUUUCCUUGUGGAAAUUACUUGGGAACUUGUCUAAACUGGGCCACAAGGUUACCACAAAAACUAAUAACAUGUCAGGCAGGCAACACUGAAGUACCAGGUCAGGUCUAGGAAGCAGAUGUGGAAAAUAUAAAAUGUGGUCAAUGGAUUGAGGUCCAAAGGUAGGAAAACAUGAAGAAAGUGCGCAGAGCAAUUGGUGGGCCAUGGUGGACCUUCAGGCAAUUGAGGCAGCAGUGAGAGAGGUGACUGAAAAUUGGGUUAAGAUACUAGUAAAAAAAACUUUGGAUGUUGACCAAGAAAUUGCACGUUGGACACAUUAACUGUUCCCAAACAUGGGAUAAUCUUAGCUUAAUGUCUUUGUCUUUUAUAGCAUGGCAUCCUCAUCACACCCCCAAGCCGUGUGAGCAGUUAAAAAAAUUUAUGAAACACUUGAGACAUGCGAAGUGCAGGCCUAGAUCCUGGGAGGCCAUUGUAGAGGAAGAAAGUCAGAAAUGAGUAAGGUCCUUCUGGAUCCACAAUCUGGUGGCAAGACAAUACAAAUCAUUUAAUAACUGUAUUUCUAAUGGAGACUCUUCACCAUUGCCCUCAUGUGACACCCCAAGAUUUAUGUGUACCACAUUUUUCCUCAGGAAAACAGACCACAGGACAGGAGCGGCUCUGGGUCUACUAGUCCAGCUAAGGGCAUCUUCGAAGAGGAAAAGUGGGAACUGUGUAAUGAAGAGAGAGAGAGGGGGAGGGCACCAAGGGCACAUGCCCGUCAGGCAGUCAUCUCGGCUGGUACAGGCCGACCCUGCUGAUCGGGGUUUGCCUGAAGCUGCAGGGUUAUUGUGUCUGAUGUUCUGGGCUGGAAGCAAACAGCAUUUUCACCUGGGUGCACAAUCCUUUUGUUUUAACUCCCAGUCUCUCUUAAAGAGUCUUUUUUCAGGAUUUGGCAUCUCUGAAUAAGCCCCACAUACCCCAAGCUACAUAUCACCAGCAGAAGCAAAUAGCACAAUGGCUGGGCUAGUCUUCCUUCCAAAUGAGGGAGUGUAACAGCCCAAAAGGUGGGCUCUGAUACCCCCAGAGGAAAGAAAAAUAGGGCAAGAUUUGUUAAAAUUCCAGAAAAGAAUUUCCAGGGGCAGGAGCUCUCUCUUAGCAUAUUGCUUUCACUUGGGCUUUUACUCUAAAGAAGUAUUACAUCAUGAUAAUAGACUUUAAACACAUACCUACAUGAAUGUAUAUUCACACAUAUAUAGUUUAUUAUGGAAAAUAUACAUAACAUAAAAUGUACUAUUUUACCCAUUUUUAAAUAUACAAUUCAGUGGUAUUAUGUACAUUUGAAUAAUGGGCAACCAUCACCACUAUCCAUUUACAGAAGUUUCUCAUCAUCUCAAAUAGAAACUCUGUACCCAUAAAACAGUAACUCACCAUUUCCUCUCCCCCAGCCCCUGGUGACCUUUAUUCUAUUUUCUGUCUCUUUGAAUUUGCCUAUUCUAGGUUCCUCAUAUAAGUGGUAUCAUUCAAAUGUGUCCUUUUGUAGCUGCGGAUGUUUCAGACAGACCAAAGGAAAAGAAACCGAGACAAGCCAAAUGCAGUUCCCUUGGGUCUGUUACAGCCUGAGGCACAUCCCGGCUUCCCUGCCUGCCAAGACCAUUCCUCUGUCCCUGGACAUCCAUACAGGGAUGAUGCCAUUAGGGUCCUCCUCCUAGCUCAUUAUGCAGUUCAUCUCAUCUCAUUUCCUUCCUCUUUUAUACAGAGACUGAUUUCCCCUUUGCUGACUCUGUCAGCUGAGCUCACAACCAGGGUUGCAUCUAUACCACGGCACAGGUUACUUCUUGAGCAGCUUGGCUGGGUUUGGGUAGCAGCUGCCAGGUUUCCAGUCUCCUACGAGGCUGUCCUGCCACAGUGGGACUUUGUGUGUGUGUGACCGCUGGGUGCUGGGUUUGAGCCCUGCUAGCUGAAAUGGUGAGUUCUUCCUGACACUCACUGCCCUUGAGACCCAGGGCUUGGAGGGCACUGGGACCUGGAAGAUGACCUUUCCCGUGAAAAACAAAACAAAGCCAGCCUCUGCUUUUCCUGCAUGGUUCUUGGUUUGCAGUUAUCAGUGACUUUCCCAGAACUGACCAAUUGAUUAGGCAGUCUUGGAAAGCUCAUCCCUCAGCAUUUAGGGCUUGGGGAAUUCUACUUCCAGAUCCCAAGGGGACAGAACAGAUUUUCAGUGAGUGUUCCUAAUUUGAAAAAUCUGCCCUUAAACUUUCUUAGUUCUAGAAUUCUCUUCCAGACUGUGGGUCUCCUUUAUCUGUGAUUAGAUGUUGAAUGUUUAUAUUCAAAUGAGUAGGAUGCCCCACACAACGGCACAGAGACCAGCCUAUUUACCUAUUGGUAAAGAUGAUUUUGAAAUGGCUUCAGAGGCAACUGACCAAACCUUACCUUAUGGUCUAAAAUCUCCUAGUCUCUCCAAGAAUGCUUUUUUUUUUUUUGCCUCUAUGUCCAGUCUACCACAUAGUACAGUGUGCUUUUUUGUUUUUUUUUUUGACUAGUAGACCCACUAAUUUACUUUGCAUGGCAUUUGUUCUUGUUUUAAGAUUUUUUUCCCUCUUAGCUUCCUUCUGAUUUAUCUCCUCUUUUAAAUAUUCAUGGAAAAGGCUCUUACUUGGCCCCUGAAUUUAAUUAUUCUUCUGGGUCUUGCUGGUGGCAUGGGAGAAACUGUAAGUAAGGUUUGGUGUUAGAUGCAUCCGCCUUCCAAGCCUGACUGUGCUACUUACUAGCUGUGUGACCUUGGACAAGUAACUUAACCUGCUCUGUGAAAUGGAAAUAAAUGACUUGUUAUUCUCAUGGAUACUGAUAUGACUACUUAAAAUAAUUAGGAAAAGUACCUGAUAACAGGUAGUGACAAACUUUAGCACACACCCCACAACCUUUUCUUUCUAAUUUAGUUUAAGAUAAGCCCUGCCCAGUUGGUCUUCAGUGGACCUGAUUCCUGUGACAGAGCCCCAAACGUUUAGAGUUUUCAGGUCUGAGCUGGUCUAAGCUUCAAACAGGCUGCCCUCAAUGAAACAUGCUAGUAUUCACUUGAUUUUUAGAUAAUGGUUCCUAAGGUCUUCAUCUGAAGAGGCAGCCACAACUUGGCGCUGCCCCACAAGCACUAGAAGCCAGGCUGUGCCCAGGAGGGGUUUGCUCCAGAGAGACAACAGCAAAAAAAGAUCCAAGUACCUGUGACAUCGUUCCACAACCUGGAAAGGACAAAGGACAAAGCCCAGAAACCGAGGGAGGGCUAUGUGGUUGGUUUUACCCAGCAGAAGGGACUCUUCUAAGCAGGACAGGGCUGGCUCGCCUGCAUUUUGUUAUGGGGCAGGUAACUGGGAGACUGUUUCCCCAUGAGAAGUUAGGGUGCUGCUGAAGCUCCCUAGCGUCGGAGGGAGGACAUGCGCUCAGCCCUACUUACAGUGUGGGCUUAGGUUUCUAUUUGUGACAACUUUCUGUAUUGGUUGGCAGCUUCUCCCCAGCGUCCACCUCGAUCUGGUUGCAGUCCUCGGCGCUGCUCGGAUGGGAUUCCAAACCCUCGCUGCCGGAGGACAAGAUAAACUCCCCAGCCUUCCAGCUGACCACAUGGUGAGUCCAAGGCCCUGAUCCAGUAUCACAGCAGAAUUUACACCAGCCCUGAACCUGGAGAGAUGGUGUCACAGUCUAUGGGUCAGGCAGAUUCUCCCGUGGACCCCUGGGAUGGGGUCAGCAAUGACUCUUGUGAUGCUGAUGGUUUGCCCAGCCUCCUAGACCCUAAGCACCCCCGUUGCCAAUCAGACCUCAGGUUUAUGAGGCACAGAGCUGCCUGGAUUAACCUCCAGUGUGAGCAGCAACCGCUGCAGGAUUUGGGCCCUCAGGGGCCAGCAGUGGGGAACACUGGGAGCCACUUUGUGGGGGCUGCUGCUUUUCCUGUGGGCCUGUCACCACUGUCCUUUGAGGACUCCGUGGGGGAGACAUCACUGUCGAAGGAUGCUGUGGACUCCGUGAGCAGCUCUUCUGCCCAGGGCUCAGGAGAAAAGAGCAGAGACUUCUCUUGCACCCCAGUGGAAGAACAGGCCGUGCUCCCAGCAGGCCAUCCUCAGAUGUCUCUGUUCCCAAGAUCCAAGAUUUUGGCCCCUUCACUAGGCCCUGAGGCUGAUGGUGCUCUUCCCAAGCCUUCCCACCUGGCAGCUUCCACUGACGAAGGUGCUGUUCACGUCAGCAAAAGAGCCGGUUCUCUGAAUUCCUUCUCAGCAGAGGCAUGCGUGCUCCCUGUCGAUGUAGAAAAGGAAAAUGCCCACUUUUAUGUUGCAGAUAUGAUUAUAUCAGCAAUGGAGAAAAUGAAGUGUGACAUCCCGAGUCGACAGCACACAGAGAACUGGAGGACGGAAGUCAGCGGGGCGCCUGGGAAUGAUCAGGCUCACUCUGAAGUGAACUUUUACACUAACGUAAAGCAAGAAUCUGGGUCUUCCACUUCUUCAGACAGUGGCUAUGAAGGUUGUGCUGUGUUACAAGUCAGCCCACUGGCUGACGGUGAUGUGACGAAAGAGGCCUGCAAGUGUGACUUUGAUGACUUUGUUAUUGUAGAACUUGAAGAAUUUAGCAAUAAUAGCACAGAAGAAAGCCCUGGAUGUUCCUGUGGCUCCUCUAGCAGUGUCAUUUAUCAGCCAAACUUCAAUUCUGCUGAGCUCCUAGCCAAGGAGCUGUACCGAGUAUUCCGAAAGUGUUGGAUCUUGUCAGAAGUUAAUUAUCAGCUGGCAGGUUCCUUGAAUGUAGCUGGCUUCAUAGUGCUAAAUGAAGAUCAUGUUGGAAAAGACUUUGACUCCAGUGUGGAUGUAGUACAGGAAAUUAAGCUGAAGUCAAGGAUGAGAGGGACGGAAGACUGGGAGCCUCCUAGAUUUCAAAUCAUAUUUAAUGUUCACCCACCAGUCAAGAGGGACCUCGUGGUAGCAGCCCAGAAUUUUUUGUGUGCUGGCUGUGGGACACCAGUAGAACCUAAGUUCGUGAAGCGGCUCCGGUACUGCGAGUACCUGGGGAAGUAUUUCUGUGACUGCUGCCACUCCUACAACGAGUCCUGCAUCCCUGCGCGGAUCCUGAAGAACUGGGACUUCAGGAAGUACUACGUCAGCAAUUUCUCCAAGCGGCUGCUGGAUGGCAUAUGGCACCAGCCCAUUGUCAAUUUGCAGAGCAUCAGCCACAGCGUGUAUGCCAAGGCCAAGGAGCUGGACCGAGUGAAGGAAAUCCAGGAGCAGCUUUUUCACAUCAAGAAGUUGUUGAAGACCUGCAGGUUUGCUGAAAGUGCAGUAAAGGAGUUUGAGCAGGUGCCAGGACACUUGACUGAUGAGCUCCAUCUGUUCUCCCUGGAGGACCUGGUCAGGGUCAGGAAAAGGCUGCUGAUGCCCUUACUCAAAGAUAUUCUGAAAACUUCCCUCGCGCACAUUGCCAGCUGUGAGCUAUGUCAGGGAAAGGGCUUCAUUUGUGAAUUUUGCCAAAGUGCGACUGUCAUCUUCCCAUUUCAGACCACAAUGUGCAGAAGAUGUUCAGUGUGCAGAGCUUGCUUUCACAAGCAGUGUUACCAGUCUGCCCAGUGUCCCCGGUGUGCGCGGAUCACAGCCAGAAGACUUUUGGAAAGUUCUCCCUCUGCAGAGACGUGAUGCCCCUGGGUCUUGUGAAAAAGACUUUUCGAAAUGCCUGUAACACCUUUUUGUGUGUAUUAUUGACAUCAUUGUUUUAGAUAUUGAGUACUGUCUAUUAAGGAAAACAUGGCCAAUAUUCUCUAUUAUAUAUAUUUAAUGUUUUCAAAGAAUGCAGGUUCUUUGUUAUUAAGCGUAAGUUGUUACUGGUGGUUUUGUUUACAAAUGUUCAGGAUUUUGCUGCUACUUUUUCUUAAAGAGUCUUUUGAUACUUCUUAAAUUGUAUUUGAAUAUUUAUAUUUAGCUGAUGUUGGAGCCUGUUUUUUAUGAAUUGUAACUGACAAGGUGGAUUAGUUCCUCUUCCUAUAAAGCUCGUUUUGUGAAA